UUAGUUAACAUCCAUAGUCUUUAUAUAGUUGUCAGAGUUGGUAGUGAAAAAUAACUGUUCAUGGUGUUAACACUGAAAGAGGUGCCACCUAAUUCUUAGCUUCUUCAGAAAAAUGCAUAGAGGCAUAACCGUUAACGCUCUUCAUACAAAGAUCCGUGCCCAAUUGUUUUAAAUAAAUUAAUUAUUCUCCAUUUCUUCUGGUUAACUUCAGUAAUACAUACUUGAUGUUUUGAGUGUUUUGCACCAUAGAUAAUCAAAUGCUUCAGGCAAGUUAAGGUAUUGAAAGUACAUUUUCCCAAUGUCCACAGGGGUGUAUGGUGAUGUACAUCGAGUGAAGAUCAUGUUUAACAAAAAAGAAAAUGCUUUGGUUCAGAUGGCAGAUGCAACCCAAGCUCAACUAGCUAUGAGCCACUUGAAUGGGCAGAGACUUUAUGGGAAGGUGCUCCGUGCCACUCUUUCAAAGCAUCAGACUGUUCAGCUUCCUCGUGAGGGACAAGAGGACCAAGGUCUAACUAAGGACUACAGCAAUAGCCCUUUACAUCGCUUUAAGAAACCUGGCUCUAAGAACUUCCAAAAUAUCUUCCCUCCAUCUACUACUCUGCAUCUCUCCAACAUUCCUCCUUCAGUUACUGUUGAUGACCUGAAGAACCUUUUUGCAGAUACUGGAUGUACUGUGAAAGCCUUCAAAUUCUUCCAGAAAGAUCGCAAAAUGGCUCUCAUCCAGUUGGGCUCUGUGGAAGAAGCAAUCCAGGCUCUCAUUGAGCUUCAUAAUCAUGAUCUUGGGGAAAACCAUCACCUCAGAGUUUCUUUCUCCAAAUCUACAAUCUGACUUUUCUGUGACCUUUCCAAUUAAGACUGCACCACAGUUUCAGUAAAACCUUCAGACAGAGACUGAAACAACUUAGACCGACUCUGCCUCUUUAAAAAAA